CGGAGCCUGCAGGGGGCGGAUCGGUCGGUGGAGCCCUAAGUUCCAGUGAGCUUCUGGUUAGGGUUGAGGUUGGUAGGUCUCCUUGUUGCGGCGUGUCCCAGACGUCCCUCGCCUGUCCCGCUCCGCCCUCAGGCCCAGUCGACCUCAGGUUACCCUACAACCUACCCAGAACGACGGGGUACGCUCGGAGCACUUCGACCGCCUGGUAUCGGAGGAAGCCCCGCGUGCACACCGCCACGCACCCGGCGGCCGGCAGUGAAUGAAACCGGGCUCUCCGGGCGGCCCUUGGCUUCCCCUUGCCCCGGGAGCGGAGACCGCGCCCCCUUCUACAUUAACUCUUGAGAUGGAGACUCCAAGGGAGUCCGGUUGGCCAGCCCCAGAUGAGGCUCCCCUCGAGCCUGUGAGUGGGAAUGACCCCUGCCCCGUGUCCGAGAAAGGUGCGGCGACUCCGGAGGACCCGGAGGCUGCGCUGUACAAGUCUGGCAAAGAAGUCAUGGGAGAGAACACCAAGCUCUGCGGGUAUUUGCUUAAAUUCGGAGGCAAGGGACCCAUCAAAGGCUGGAAAUCACGCUGGUUUUUUUAUGAUGAGAGAAAGUGCCACUUGUAUUACUCCAGGACUGCCCAGGAUGUUAAUCCCCUGGGGAGUAUAGACCUUUCCUGUGUUACCUUUGAUUGUAAAGUGGAAGCAGAGGAGGGGACUUUUGAGAUCAAAACUCCUAGUCGAGUUAUUACCCUAAAGGCGGUCAACAAACAAACCAUGAUGUACUGGUUGCAGCAGCUUCAGUUGAAGCGUUGGAAGUUUUACAACAGUCAGCCUGGAAUCCUGGUCUCUGGAGUCACCAAUGAAACUUCACCUGGAAAUGCCUCUCCCCUGCAUAUCACACUCGAUCUAGACAAUACAGAAACUGAUGAAUUUUUCUGCCCUGUGAAAACACCAACUGGACUAGUAGGCAUAGCAGCUGCUUCUCAACCUAUUCCAGAGAUGCCCUCUACCCUCCAGAAUAUUUCCCUCAAACACCUAGGAACUGAAAUACAGAACACAAUGCAUAUCAUCUGUAGCAACAGGCAGUCCAGAGGAAAUGGCCAUGUUUCCCAAGGGGAUGAAUCCCAGAAAUUUGAAGAGAAUCAGAAUGAGGAACAGCACCUACAAGCAGAUCCAGGACUCACUGGGAAAGAGACAGAAGAGUAUUCAAGAUCUACACAGAAGUCAGGUCUGACAGCAAAUUUUAUUCAAAAAGCCAAAAAGCAGAACAGUAGCUUCCCUAUCUUUGCUGAAGGUCUACGUGAAAAAAGUUUUCAGGAUAAAGUUGGGGUCCUUGAGCAACAGGUUAUGAUGCUUUCAGAGGAAUUAAAGUCUCAGAAGGAACUUGUGAAGAUUCUCCAUAAAGCCCUUGAAGCAGCCCAACAGGAAAAACGGACAUGUAGCACAUACCUCACAGCCACUGAAGAUAAAGAUCGCCUAGAGCUGGUUCGGCACAAGGUGAGACAAAUUGCUGAACUGGGAAAACGUGUGGAAAGCCUACAACAAGACAAGAAGGCCCUUGAGCAGACACUGGGCCUGAGAGAGGAGCACAUUAAGGAACUAGAACAGCAUGUGCAACUGUUAAUGGACAAGAACCACGCCAAGCAGCAGGUCAUCUUCAAGCUCACAGAAAAAGUUACCAAGGAUUUCAUAGACCCACCAACGUCAGCAGAUGGGCUUGAGUCUGGCACCUUCCUGAAUCCUUAUGAAAAGAUUGAGCAUUUGAAGGAUGACAUAGAAGCCUAUAGAACCCAGAACCGAUUCCUAAACUCUGAAAUACACCAGGUCACAAAGAUUUGGAGAAAUGCUGCUGAGAAAGAGAAAGUCCUUUUGAUGAAGUGUGCUUAUCUUCAAGCAAAGAAUUGCCAAAUUGAAAGCAAAUACCUCACUGUGUUGCGAAAACUACAAGACACGUUACCCAUAGAUGACAGCGAAUAUGGGGAGAUGUUAAAAAAACUGAUUCAUGAAGCUCUUCAGUGGGACGUAAAGGAGGGAGCAACAGACUCCAUGAAAUUCAAUCCUGUCAGUGAAUAUGACGACUACGGAUUCAUGACUGUCCCUGAUUAUGAAGUUGAGGACUUAAAACUUCUGGCAAAAAUCCAAGCUCUAGAAAUAAGAUCUAAUAAUCUCUUAAACCAUGAGGCAGUAGAGAAACCACUCCGUGAGAAAUGGAAUAGUAUUGGGGAACUCAUGCCUUCUGCAGACCUGAAGCAUCUGAUCCGGAGUGGCAUCCCCCCUGAGCACCGCCAGCGGGUCUGGAAGUGGAUGAUAAGCCUCCGAGUCAAACCUAUCCAAGCACCCAAUCAUUAUGACUCUCUGCUCAGAAAAUGUGAAACCAUGGAGCACCCAGCCUUUCGGCAGAUUGAGCUAGACUUAAAUCGAACCUUAACUAACAAUAAGCACUUUACAAACCCCACUUCUAAAUUUAUCUCCAAACUCCGAAGAGUAUUACUUGCAUUCUCCUGGCAGAACCCUACCAUCGGCUAUUGUCAAGGGCUAAACAGGCUGGCAGCCAUUGCUCUGUUGAUCCUAGAAGAGGAAGAAAGCGCUUUCUGGUGCCUAGUUUGUAUUGUUGAGACCAUAAUGCCAGCAGAUUACUAUAGUAAAACUUUAAUUGCAUCUCAGGUAGAUCAACGGGUUCUCCAAGACUUUUUAUCAGAGAAGCUUCCCAGGUUGAUGGCCCACUUGGGGCAGCAUAAAAUCGACCUGUCACUGAUCACCUUCAACUGGUUCCUUGUGAUUUUUGUGGACAACCUUAUCAGUGACAUAUUGCUCAGAGUCUGGGAUGCCUUCCUGUAUGAAGGAAUUAAGGUGAUAUUCCGAUAUGCCCUUGCUAUAUUUAAGUACAAUGAAGAAGCAAUACUAAGGAUUCAUGACAGUCUUGAGAUCUACCAGUAUCUUCGAUUCUUCACCAAAACAAUAUGCAAUGGCCGUAAACUGAUGAAUAUUGCCUUCAAUGAUAUGAACCCCUUUCCCAUGAAGCAACUGAGAAACCGGCGGGCUGUGCACAGGGAAAAGCUAGAGACUGAACUUGGAGAGCUAGAACACAUCAAAGCAGAAUUCCUGAAAGAGAGAGCCAGGCAGGAAAGCAAGUUACUAGAAGGUUGCAUGAGUGAGGAUGAAGAAGAGACUUAACAGAACACAUCCUCUGCCAGGGCAGUUUGGGUUUUGUCAAGUUGUUUUGGUUUUUAUUUUUUUAUAUCUCAAAGCUCUUUAUGAUUUUCUAAUCAAAAAAGAGUUAGCAGAGCCAGAGGAGGGAUGAAAAUUCUGGGGGAAUUUCUGAAAAGAUUCUCCCAGCCACAUUGCCUAACCCUGUUUGCUGUAGCCCUCAGGGCAUUUGUACUGACCUAGAAGUGUUCUCUUUUUUCUCAGUCUUACCUAUUUUAUCCUUCUCUGCUAGUUGGAUCUCUCCAUUCUCCUCUCCACUCCUUAGAGCUUCUGAAAAGGUAAACCCAUGGGCAAUGUGAUCAAAAUCAAAUAGGAGUUCUUAGAAUUAUAGAUUUAUUGCUGGAAUGGUCCUUAGUGAGAACAUCUGGCCACUUUUUAUAUAGAUGAACAAGCUGAAAUCCAGAGAGGUUAACCAGCUUGCCCCCGCAUCACACAAGCCAUAAGCAACAAAUAUGAAAUUUGACUUAAAAUUCGGUGCUUUUUCCAUUGAAUUCAGAUCCAACACUGUCACUUUUAUGUGUCUCUGAGCAAGUCCCUCAGCCUCCCUCAGCCUCAGUUUCUUCAAUAGUAAAUAAUAGCAGCUACCUUCCAAGGUUGUGAGGAUUAAAUGAAAUAUUUGUAAAGCACUUUACAAGCCUUAAAAUGCUAUAUAAAUAAAUGCUAGCUAUUAUUGUUGGGCCUUGCUCUGGGCUUUGAUGGGUAAUUGUUGUUUUAAACUAAUAGAACUUCUUUUGUCAUCCAGUAAAACAUGUUUCCUAGCCCCAUCUCCCUAUACCUACUCAAAACUCAGCAGAGAUCUAAGGGAAUGCCACCUUAUUGAAGCCCUCUCCUCUGUUCCAGUCCCACUUCUUACAAGUGAUUCAGACCUUAAAGGAGACAAUGGGUGCUAUGCCAGGUAAAGCAAUCCCAUGUCAUCCCAUCCCUUCUUUAGCCAUGAGUUUACAUAUAAUGUUACAUGAAAGGAUUUUAUCCUUAUGAAAAGCUGGUCAUAGAUAAAGCAUUUAUGGAGUGCUUACAUUGUUUCAGGCACCUACAUGUUCCCUGUAGGCUAUCUGUUUUGAUUUCUCCAAUUUAAAAGUUUCAACUAAUAUUUUAAUGAUCCCUUACCUUCUUAAAAACUGACUCUUCUUUGGAGAGGAGAAACACGAGCAAAUUUGCAGUUACAUGUGUAAUAGAGAUGCAUACAUAGCUCUUACACAUAGCUCACCAGGAUGAUUCCAGUUGAUAAAAUACACUUCAACAUGCUCUACUUCAGUUUUCCUUUUUCUUUGCCCAGGAUAGGUUACUGUGAAACUGUUGGCUAGGAUAUGUUUUCUGCUCCCUUCAAGUUGUAUCAAAAUCAGUCAUUUAUUCACACUGAUGAUCUGAAUUCAGAGUCUUGUGGCCAAAAUCUCUUCAUCUAGUUCAUACUCUUCCUCUCAGUCUUGUAUCCUAUAGAAGGAAUUGUUACAGUUCAUUCUAGCCUGAGUCUAAGCCAUUGAUCCUAGGAGCCAGGGAAAUUGUCUUCUUUGUUAAGUAUUUUCUUAGAUUGGAAGGGAAGUAAGAUAUGGUGUUGAGGGAGACAAGGGAUUACCACCACAUUAUCAGAACCAAGAAAGUAUUGUUUUCUGUAGUCCUUCUUCCAGACUGGCUUCUCACUCUUGGCUGUUCUGUAAUUCCCACUUCACAGAGUGCCCCUGAGCAUCUUCUGUUGCCUGGGAGCUUCUAGGCAGAAUUAAACUCUUCAUAAACUGACACUAGUGAUUCAUUAAGAAAGCCCCUCCUCUGUCUUCACUGGCCUGUUGCUCUCAUGAUACUGUAAUAAAUGAAGGUAUUGAAGAGGAUUGAAAGAGACACAGGGGAUAAGGAAGGGUUUUGUAACAGGGAAUAGAGAAAUUGAAGGGACAGAAGGAAUAUGGCUUCUGGUGAGGUAAAAGGAGAGGUACCCCCAGCUGAGAGACUGUCUUGUGAAAUUUCCUCUCUUCUCUCAACCCACAAGAAAAGUACCCCCUGGGUAAGGUUAGGUUAAGGAUGACAGGACCAGUGUUUUGAGUGACUUCUGGGAAAUAGUGGAGUUUACUCCUCAAGGCUUGACUAGUAGUAUCCUAGAGGGUCAGAAAUCAAUCUAGAACUAUUUGAGUAAAAGAAAGGUAAGAUGGAAGAAGGCACUCCCUCCCCUCUCAGGCAGAGCUACACACUAGAAAGGGAGAGAUCUGACCAAGAUCCAGAGCUGAGAGGUAAGAGGUAAAGUUCCCCUUCCGUCUCUUGUUUCUGAUCUUACUCCCCUUGUGGAUGUUUAUCCUGAUCUCAACAACUAUUUGAUGUAAAGGAAGAUGUUUCUUUUUUCUUUCUUUGGUUUCAACUGUCAAUUGAAGCCCAAGCUCCACUAGGUAGCAACAACUAUUUAUUCUCUGUAAUAUAAGGAUAAUGGGGUUUUAUGGGUAGAGAGUGUAAUAUUUAUUAUGAAAAAGGGGUGGGAUUGAAGAACAGUGGAUACAGAAGAUUUUGUAGUAGGGAAUGGAGGAGUUGAAGGGAGAGAGGGAAUAUGACUGCCAGUGAGGUAAAAGGAGGGAGACGCCCCCUGCCAAGAGGCUAUUUUUGAAAAAUGGGGUUCCUGAGGAAUUGGCCAGUUAUGAUACGCUGAAGGGACAUCUUCUCUAUAGAUUGUUGUUGCAGAUACCCCAGAGCAGGUAAGCACAGACCCUCCUGAGGGACAAACCUCCCCCCAAACCAAGGUUGCCCAGCAGGGGUCAAUAAGGACCAUUUAUAGUCCUUUAUUAUUAAUUAUAGGCUGUCCUGAGGCUCAGUUCCCUCUAUGUCCACUGAAAUGUUAGUCCUCUUCUCUGACUGUGAUAUUCAAAUAACAUUAAAUUUUAAUAACAAGUUUGGAUUGGGGAGGUAUCAGGGAAGAGGGAUUUCCCUAGAUGAGAUUUGAGUCUCAGCUUUUGAACUGAGGCCAGGCCUCACAGGCUAGUGGAGGGUUUCUUUUAUUCCUGUCUAUGCUAAUCUGUGCUAGUUUCCUUAGGUUCAAAGUCUUAGCAGUAGACAGCAAGAGGAAGAAAACUUCUGACCUUCAGAGCUGGUUAGGCCUAUCUCUUUAGGCUGAUGCCCUAAAGACUGGCCUUACAGUCCAAACUGAUUCCCUUAAGUUCUUUUGUCCGAUGAACAUGAUUACAGGGAUCCAAGUAGAGCACACUGUUGGGAAAUUCAGGAAUAGAGGCACUUCUAUCCAGAGACAGGGAGAGAGCCCCCUUCUAGUUCCCAGGUCAGGAAGGAAGGAAGAGUCACAAGACCAACUGCCACUGCCCAGUUGCCCCUUCCCCCACCAACUGUCAGUCUUGUCAAUAUCUUCUCUCUAACACUCCCACUACUAUUUGUUCCAAAUCAGUGGUAGAAAGUCCAGAAUUUGCCUUGGUUUUCCUUUCCACAAGGGAAAAACAGGAAAUCCCUAACUAAUAUCUUAAAUUCCCCCCUCAAAGAUUUAUGGCUCAGGUCUGGGGACCUGAGUCCUUGGAGAGAUGUAGAGUCAGGCAGUUGGCUUCCUGAUUUAGAGGGAUAUCAAUUAUAGAAUAUGCCAAUUGUAACUCUUCUUGAGUGGAUAGUCUCUUCUAUUCCCAACAGGGAAAGAGUCUCUAUUCACUAUUGAAAUGGAUAGGGCUGUGCCCUGAUCCACUUCAGAGAUAUGAAGGACCUCAACAGGUUGAACUCAGAUGAUGCUCUUCCUCCUCCUUGUCAGAAGAGAAAGAAGCAAGAUUCAAACUGUCGAGCUGCUUUUCCAGCUACAGUUCUAGCCCAUUCCCUGCUGGCAAGCAGCAUUCCAUCAUCUUCCUUCAUGGUGUUUUUGUAAUCAAGUCUUUGCAAUGAAAUCUGUAAUCCUCUCUUCCACAGUAGUUGAACCCCAGAAGUCCCCCUCAUCUGGCAGGCAGACUGUCACUGUUGGCUUGCAUUGUUUAGCCUAAGCUAAUGGCUAGCUUAGCCACCAGCCUCUCUUUCUUUGUUCUCCUUCCAAUAUGAAUCUGACUGCCAUCUCCUAUUUUUAUAGUAGUUUAAUAAUUAUAGUAAAUCAAGAAAGGGGAUAGGUAUGUGGGAAUAGGAGACCCUUGCUUCUUCUUCAGCUGAGGCAAUCUGACUCAGCUUCAGCUUAUCUAUCUUCUUCUUAGCUUGUCACUAUAUCUUACUAAAUUAAAGGCAAGUGGCCUUCUUGGGAGAGGUCAAGGGAUGAAAAGGAUCUUCAGGGUGACUCCCUGAAGUUAAGGGAUCAAUCCCUUUAAACAGCUUACUUUUGUCUUUUUCUUCCUCUAUUGGAUGCUCUCACACAUACAGGAAUCUUCUUCUUCUCCAGGGAAAAGGAAUGGAUGCAAGGUUUUCCCCAAGGGGAAUAUAGAGCUCCUGGUCUAUGUUCCACACUCAGCCGAGUUCAGAGGGCAAAGACUCUUUCAGUUAGCAUUUUCUCCCACAAUCCUCUUCUCUUACUCUGUCACUCCCCCUCUCAUCACAUUCCAACCACUGUCUGCUCCACCUCAGUGGGCAGAAAUGCAAAAGCUUGAUUCACAGUUUUCCUUUCCACACUACUUGAGAGCAUCCUGGGACAUGGGGUGUCUGCUUUAGAAGUCAUAGCAGACUCUGACCAGACACCUUUGUGAGUAACAUGCUACAAUGGAAAAGUUUACUCAACUAGGCAAGAGACCUUGAGGAGAUCCCUUCACCUCGGAGCCUUAGAUUUGUUAAAUGUUCUGUUCAGUGGGUUUAAUAAUGCUAUCCUGUCUGCCUCAUAAGGUUAUUGUGAGGAACAGAUAAGAUGACAGAGGUUAAUUCUAAUUGUAUGUUGUGUGUUUACUAUGUAGCCAAGGGCCUGGAUACUUCAUUAAUGAUUUUGCUGGUAUUUUGCUCUUUUCAACAUGUCCGUUUCCAAAACAAAAAUUAAAGAAACUCAACCUGA